AUGCCCAAUUAUGUGAAGUUUAUGAAAGAUAUAAUGUCAAAGAAGUGCAUAUCGGGAGAAUUUGAGAUUGUUGCUCUCACUGAAGGCUGCACAACAAUGUUGAUGAAUAAAUUACGUCCAAAGUUGAAGGACCCAAGGAGUUUCACUAUCUCGUGUUCAAUUGGAAAUCAAUAUAUUGGAAAUAUAUUGUGUGAUUUGGGAGCAAACAUAAAUUUAAUGCCUAUGUCUGUAUUCAAGAGGUUGGGAAUUGGGAAAGCAAGACCUACUAAGAUACGUUGUAAUUGGCUGGUCGAUCCUACACACAUCCGGAAGGUAAAAUUGAAGGUGGUAAGAAUAGAUCAGUUUAUUUUUCCUACAGAUGUCCUUAUUUUAGAAUGUGAAGCUGACCAGGAUGUGCCAAUUAUUCUUGAAAGACCUUUUCUUGCUACUGGUAGGAGUUUAAUUGAUGUGCAGAAAGGUGAACUAACCAUGAUGUUUGCGGAUAGACCAGGGAAGAAGUUUGAGUCCUUGGAUUUAUCAGAUUGCUAUUUUAAUCCUCCUAAACCUUCUAUAAAGGAACCUCCCACACUGGAGUUGAAACCUUUGCUGCAGCAUUUAAAAUAUGCAUCUUUGGGAAACAACACUUUACCUGUAGUAAUUUUUGUGGAGUUGACAUCCGAGACCCUGACCGAUGCACAGGUGAACUACAACACCACUGAAAAGGAGUUAUUAGUUGUGGUUUUUGCAUUUGAUAAACUUCGAUCUUAUUUAGUUGGUACCAAGGUUACAGUUUACACAGACCAUUUUGUUAUUAAAUAUUUGGUGACCAAGAAAGAUGCUAAGCUAAGAUUAAUUCGAUGGAUACUUCAGCUACAGGAGUUUGAUUUAGAAGUUCGAGACAGAAAGGGGACUGAAAAUCAAGUGGCUGAUCACCUGUGA